AUGGCAGACCCUGCUAAUCUCUCUGCGCCGUCCUCUUCUCUUCCUCCGGAUGAUCUCCCUAACUCAAAGUCGCCGCCCUCCGCUGCCCAAGCAGACUCGAACUUAGUUGAAAUUCCGACGAAUAACGCAGAUGGGGACCAGUUGCUGCAGUCUCCAAGAGAGAAUGUAAGCAAUGAAAGUGAUGUUCGGGGUUUUGGGCGCGGCCGAGGUCUACGUAAGAAGGGUUUGAAAAUGGAAGACCACGUGAGGGUUUGGACUGAGAGGAAGAUGGAAUCAGGGGUCCCCGAAUCCCAAUGUGUCCUUCCGUUCCUUGUUGGGUCCAGUAAAAUGGGUGAUUGUGUCGUCUGCAACCGCUGUAUAUGUCCUGGAGAAGAGGUCGUAUGCUCGGUUCGUGGUUGUGGAGGAAUUUGUCACCCAUUAUGUGCUGCGGAGGAAAUGAAAACCUCGAAUCAGAAUUCCUUCAAGUGCCCGCACCACGCAUGCUUUCUUUGCAAGCAGAAGCCAGAUUGGAGGUGCACACAAUGUUCAAUGGCGUCACAUGAUAAAUGUGCAUGCUGGCCUGAAAAAUUUGUUCAUCAAGAAAACCAACCUGAACAAGCAAUUUGUUGGCGGCAUCCUAAGAAUUGGCGGCAAGCUAAUCAGCAUAUGGCCGCGACAUCAGAUAUAGAGGAAACAUUCUCUCGGUUGCCACUUCCCUAUGUCGACGAGGAGUUCAAGAUCGAUCUGUCAUGGAAGGAACUGAUCGAGAAGGAGGGGGUAGGGCCAUCACCGUAUGUGCCCAUCAAGCGCAAUAUUUACCUGGUCAAGAAGAAGCGAGAAGCUCGUGACAAAGAUAAUGGAUGCGUAGAUUGUGAUUCUUCAUGUUCGGGGCGCUGUGAUUGCAGGAUUCAAUGCUUAAGUUGUUCGAAGUCUUGCCAUUGCGGCCCAGAGUCUUGCACCAACAGACCAUUUCGCAACGAGAAAAAGAUGAGUCUUGUCAAAACGGAACUCUGUGGUUGGGGAGUAGAGGCAGCAGAGCCACUUAACAAGGGUGAUUUUAUAAUCGAGUACGUAGGAGAAGUCAUUGAUGAUGCCUUAUGUGAAAAAAGGCUAUGGGACAUGAAACACAAAGGCGCCCAAAAUUUUUACCUGUUUGCAAUCGGGAAGGACUUGACGAUCGAUGCAACGUUCAAAGGGAAUGCAUCUCGUUUCAUUAAUCACAGCUGCGCGCCUAAUUGCGUCAUGGAAAAGUGGCAAGUUGAUGGGGAGACUCGUAUCGGUGUGUUUGCUGCUAGAUCAAUUAAAGUUGGAGAACAAUUGACCUGUAAUUACAGAUUUGAGCUGUAUGGAGAAGAAAUGCAGUGCCAUUGUGGUGCCCCAAAUUGUAAUGGCUAUUUGGGGGCCAAAAGAAAAGCUGAGAAGAUAGAUCUUCUUCCUCCAUGGGGUUCGAAACGACAGAGAUCGUAA